UGCGGGACACGGCAGCUGCAGCCAUGACCACCCACGUGACCCUGGAAGAUGCUCUGUCCAACGUGGACCUGCUGGAGGAGCUGCCCCUCCCCGACCAGCAGCCAUGCAUCGAGCCCCCGCCCUCCUCCAUCAUGUACCAGGCCAACUUUGACACCAACUUCGAGGACAGGAAUGCCUUUGUCACCGGCAUCGCAAGGUACAUCGAGCAGGCGACCGUCCACUCUAGCAUGAAUGAAAUGCUGGAGGAAGGACACGAGUAUGCGGUCAUGCUGUACACCUGGCGCAGCUGCUCGAGGGCCAUCCCCCAGGUGAAAUGCAACGAGCAGCCCAACCGCGUGGAGAUCUACGAGAAGACGGUGGAGGUGCUGGAGCCCGAGGUCACCAAGCUCAUGAAGUUCAUGUACUUCCAGCGCAAGGCCAUCGAGCGGUUCUGCAGCGAGGUGAAGCGGCUGUGCCACGCGGAGCGCAGGAAGGACUUCGUCUCCGAGGCCUACCUGCUCACGCUGGGCAAGUUCAUCAACAUGUUCGCCGUGCUGGACGAGCUCAAGAACAUGAAGUGCAGCGUCAAGAACGACCACUCGGCCUACAAGAGGGCAGCCCAGUUCCUGAGGAAGAUGGCCGACCCCCAGUCCAUCCAGGAAUCGCAGAACCUCUCCAUGUUCCUGGCCAACCACAACCGCAUCACCCAGUGUCUCCACCAGCAGCUGGAGGUGAUCCCGGGCUACGAGGAGCUGCUGGCCGACAUCGUGAACAUCUGCGUGGAUUACUACGAGAACAAGAUGUACCUGACGCCCAGCGAGAAGCACAUGCUGCUCAAGGUGAUGGGCUUCGGCCUCUAUCUGAUGGAUGGGAACGUCAGCAACAUUUACAAGCUGGAUGCCAAGAAGAGAAUCAACCUUAGCAAAAUCGACAAGUUCUUCAAGCAGCUGCAGGUGGUGCCUCUGUUCGGGGACAUGCAGAUCGAGCUGGCCAGAUACAUUAAGACCAGUGCUCACUACGAGGAGAACAAAUCCAAGUGGACCUGCACCCAAAGCAGCAUCAGCCCCCAGUACAACAUCUGCGAGCAGAUGGUGCAGAUCCGGGACGACCACAUCCGCUUCAUCUCCGAGCUGGCCCGCUACAGCAACAGCGAGGUGGUGACCGGCUCGGGGCUGGACAGCCAGAAGUCGGACGAGGAGUACCGGGAGCUCUUCGACCUGGCGCUGCGGGGCCUGCAGCUCCUAUCCAAGUGGAGUGCCCACGUCAUGGAGGUGUACUCUUGGAAGCUGGUUCACCCCACAGACAAGUUCUGCAACAAGGACUGCCCGGGCACGGCGGAGGAAUACGAGAGAGCCACGCGCUACAACUACACCAGUGAGGAGAAGUUCGCCUUCGUGGAGGUGAUCGCCAUGAUCAAAGGCCUGCAGGUGCUCAUGGGCCGCAUGGAGAGCGUGUUCAACCAGGCGAUCCGGAACACCAUCUACGCCGCCCUGCAGGACUUCGCGCAGGUGACCCUGCGGGAGCCGCUCAGGCAAGCCGUGCGCAAGAAGAAGAACGUCCUCAUCAGCGUCCUGCAGGCCAUCCGCAAGACCAUCUGCGACUGGGAGGGCGGGCGCGAACCCCCCAACGACCCCUGCCUGCGAGGAGAGAAGGACCCCAAAGGGGGCUUCGACAUCAAGGUGCCCCGCCGAGCCGUCGGGCCCUCCAGCACCCAGGCCUGCCAGUGGUCCCCGAGGGCUUUGUUUCACCCCACUGGUGGCACACAGGGCCGAAGAGGCUGCCGAUCCCUGCUGUACAUGGUGCGCACCAUGCUCGAGUCGCUCAUUGCGGACAAGAGCGGCUCCAAGAAGACCCUGCGGAGCAGCCUGGACGGCCCCAUUGUGCUGGCCAUCGAGGAUUUCCACAAGCAGUCCUUCUUCUUCACCCACCUGCUCAACAUCAGCGAAGCGCUGCAGCAGUGCUGUGACCUCUCCCAGCUCUGGUUCCGAGAGUUCUUCCUGGAGCUCACCAUGGGCCGGCGCAUCCAGUUCCCCAUCGAGAUGUCCAUGCCUUGGAUUCUGACAGACCACAUCCUGGAGACCAAGGAGCCUUCCAUGAUGGAGUACGUCCUCUACCCGCUGGACCUGUACAACGACAGCGCCUACUACGCGCUGACCAAGUUCAAGAAGCAGUUCCUGUACGACGAGAUCGAGGCCGAGGUGAACCUGUGUUUUGAUCAGUUUGUCUACAAGCUGGCGGACCAGAUCUUUGCCUACUACAAGGCCAUGGCGGGCAGCGUCCUCUUGGACAAACGCUUCCGGGCCGAGUGUAAGAAUUACGGCGUCAUCAUCCCGUACCCGCCCUCCAACCGCUACGAGACACUGCUGAAGCAGAGACACGUGCAGCUCUUGGGUCGCUCCAUCGACUUGAACAGACUCAUCACGCAGCGCAUCUCCGCCGCCAUGUACAAGUCUUUGGACCAGGCCAUCAGCCGCUUCGAGAGCGAGGACGUGACCUCCAUCGUGGAGCUCGAGUGGCUGCUGGAGAUCAACCGCCUGACGCACCGGCUGCUCUGCAAGCACAUGACGCUGGACAGCUUCGACGCCAUGUUCCGCGAGGCCAACCACAACGUCUCGGCCCCGUACGGCCGCAUCACCCUGCACGUCUUCUGGGAGCUCAACUUCGACUUCCUCCCCAACUACUGCUACAAUGGCUCCACCAACCGUUUUGUCCGAACCGCUAUUCCCUUCACCCAAGAACCCCAGAGAGAUAAACCUGCCAAUGUCCAGCCUUAUUACCUCUACGGAUCCAAGCCCCUCAACAUUGCCUACAGCCACAUCUACAGCUCCUACCGGAACUUCGUGGGACCCCCCCACUUCAAGACCAUCUGCAGGCUCCUGGGCUACCAGGGCAUCGCCGUGGUCAUGGAGGAGCUGCUGAAGAUCGUCAAGAGCCUGCUCCAGGGCACCAUCCUCCAGUACGUGAAAACGCUCAUCGAGGUGAUGCCCAAGAUCUGCCGCCUGCCUCGCCACGAGUACGGCUCCCCAGGCAUCCUGGAGUUCUUCCACCACCAGCUGAAGGACAUCAUCGAGUACGCCGAGCUCAAGACCGACGUGUUCCAGAGCCUCCGCGAGGUGGGCAACGCCAUCCUCUUCUGCCUCCUCAUAGAGCAGGCGCUGUCUCAGGAAGAAGUGUGCGAUUUGCUCCACGCCGCCCCCUUCCAGAACAUCUUACCCAGAGUCUACAUCAAAGAGGGAGAGCGCCUGGAGGUCCGCAUGAAGCGUCUGGAAGCCAAGUACGCCCCCCCUGCACCUGGUCCCCCUCAUAGAGCGGCUGGGGACCCCCCAGCAAAUCGCCAUCGCCCGGGAGGGGGACCUGCUGACCAAGGAGCGGCUGUGCUGCGGGCUGUCCAUGUCGAGGUCAUCCUGACGCGCAUCCGCAGCUACCUGCAGGACCCGUGUGGCGCGGGCCGCCCCCCACCAACGGCGUCAUGCACGUGGACGAGUGCGUGGAGUUCCACCGCCUCUGGAGCGCCAUGCAGUUCGUCUACUGCAUCCCCGUGGGCACCAACGAGUUCACGGCCGAGCAGUGCUUCGGGGACGGCCUCAACUGGGCGGGCUGCUCCAUCAUCGUGCUGUUGGGCCAGCAGCGCCGCUUCGACCUGUUCGACUUCUGCUACCACCUGCUCAAGGUGCAGCGGCAGGACGGCAAGGACGAGAUCAUCAAGAACGUGCCCUUGAAGAAGAUGGCCGACCGGAUCCGGAAGUACCAAGAUCCUGAACAACGAGGUGUUCGCCAUCCUGAACAAGUACAUGAAGUCGGUGGAGACGGACAGCUCGACGGUGGAGCACGUGCGCUGCUUCCAGCCGCC